AACCGCUACACUAACAAAAGGUCACACUAAACGCGGAAAACAUUCAACACUUUCGAACCGACGCCAAUUAAAUAGAAUAAAGAAAAAUAAACGUUUGUACAUACUUGUUGCGUUGGCAAUAAGCAAAAACCCCCUUCAUUAUCUGCAAUAUGAAAUGGACCUACAACAAUUCCUUUCCCUGGAGCGCCAGCAAUUGCAAAAGGAGCGCGAACGUCUUUCCAACCACAAAAAUGGCACGGCUGCUUGCCCUGCGGCGGUGCUGAUGCAUUCCCCCAACCUUAAAGUGCAAUGUCGCCGGGCGAAGCCGUCCAAUGAACCCGAACCCGCUAAGGAGUCGACUUCCUUGGCAACCAGCGACCAAAACGCAAGCACAACAAUCGAAGAACUUCACUUGGACUUGGACUUAAGCAACCUCAAUUCAGUUGACGAGGAGUUGGGGGAGGAAGCGGAGGAGUUCGGCUCCGGCAGCAGUCCAUCGAAAUCGACCAAGGAAUUCGCCAACCAGCGCCAACUGCUCGUAGGCAGCGCCCGUCAGUACAAGUCCCCUAAUGAGUCGCUGCGACGCAAUUUGGAUAGCGGGCGACCGCUAAGCGAGAAUCGCUUGCCAAUCCGGCGGAAGGAUGAUAUGGAGCAAUGGGUUACGGACACAUUUUAUUCGUACUUCCCCGGCUUUAACAAUGAAAAUCAGAAGCGGCAGAAUUAUUUGCGUGAGCGCCAGCGCGAGAACCAGCAGAACUUUCUUAAGCACCAGAUGCUCCAUCCAGCGGUCACCAAGCACCAGAGACCGGGACAAGUGAGGAAGCCAUCGCAGUUGGCGGCGGCGGCUCCAGUGGAGAAACGUUCCAGCCAAUCCAGCACCAGCCCCUCAAACCACAGCACAACGGAUAAGACUGACUUAGAGUUAAUUGUAAAUAGCAAUCCCAACUAUGUGCCGCCCAAAAUUAGGCCAGGCACGACGCGACACAGGCUGCUCCAGGACCUGGGACAUGUUGAGCUAUCGAAUAUUGUAACCGGUGACGGCAUUAUGGAGCGAAAUCUACGCAGUGCUGAGCUGGAAACGGCGCGGAAAAAGGACUACCAGCGGGAUCUCAUGCAACAGAUUGAGGAGAAGCGUCGGUCCAUAGAGCUGCUGAGGGAAAAGGAGCGACGCCAGGAGGAGGCCCUGACCAGACGUCUCGAGGCCCAGCUGAAGACCAUAAAACUGGAGGAACAGUUGGAGAAAGAACGUUUACGGGCUGAAAAGGCUCGCAUCGACUCGGAACAAAAUCGCUUGAUGCGGGAACAGUUGCUGGCUAAGCUGGAACAGGACGCCCAGUUGCUGCACGCCAAGGAGACCAAUAAUCUCGCUGAAUCGCGCACUAAAACCAAAAGCAACCAGAACAUCAACAUCAGCACAGAACCCAACGCCAAUAGGGUGUACAAGUACUUCAGUAACUCCGCACAUCACGAGUAUAGACGUGGUCAGCCCUUGCCGCCAGCAGUGGAGCUGGACUUUGAGGUGCCCCAAAUGGCUAAGAUCGAGCGCGAGUGCUUCCAUCUGUGCGAGAAGAUCUGUCCCCUUUGCGAUGAACCGCUUAAGAGCUACGAGAGCUGUUGUCUGCGAUGCCAGCGGAAGCUCGCACUGAAAAUGAAACAAAAGGAGCCGCGCCGCGACGGGGAAAAUGGAGGAAAAAAUAGUGAUGACUCAGCUAGGAGCAAGGAGGAUGCCGACCAAGACGAAAUGGAUGCCGAAGAUGAUGGGAAUGCCAGCCAUCGUUGCCAGAGCAGCUACGCCCUGGUGUGUCACAAAUGUGAGCGUCUGUACGCCAUGUGCGCCCAGUGCUUGGCCAAGAGCGAUGUGUGUCGGGCAUGUCAACGGGAGCGUAAUGUCUGCAUGAACUGUCGCCGCAACCUGUGCUCGUUUUGCCUGGAGGAGAUCGCUUGCGGCAGGGACGCUGAACGUGCCCACAUCAAUGACAAGGAACCGCCCUCGGAUAAUGCUUUUCAAGUGCUCGAACUCAACUAUGCUGUGCCGGCAGCCAAGGAUUCUACGGACAGUAAUCAUGCGGAAGUCUCUCCGCCGUAUUCCCUCAACAUUGCGCGCAAUUCCGUGUUCCAUGCCGACUACAAGCCCACUCCAGUCAAACCGUCAAUUGUCGAAGAACUGCCCGCGGCCUCGGGAAGUGCCAAUACCAGUUUUGAGCUGGAUAGUGCCGAUGAGCAAACCGUGGAACGAGUGCGUCGCCAGACAGACCAGCGUUUGUCGCGCUACCUUAAGAACUACGGUGAUCUGGCGGCCAAGCAGCAGCACCAACAACAGCAGCUGGAGCGUAGCAAAAGCGAAUCUCGUAACCGGGGCACUCAGACCCAGCCGCAGAGCUUGGCCAGAAGAGAUGUGGUUCUCAGAGAGGCCGCAGGCCAUAAUCUGUCCAUGCCCCUACUUCGAGAAAUGCCUAAAAUGACUCGCCAGGAGACGGGAACAACGCUGGCGGGGAAUGGCCAGCGGAAGAUGGAUAACCUCAAAAAGCGAUGGGAGGUUCCCGCUGUGCAGAAGUUCACUGUUUCCACAACAUCACCCAAAAUCCUGACCCAGGUGGGAGCCAUUCGAAAGCAACUGCAAGCUGCGCGGUUCUUUGACGAGGUGGCGGAGCCAGAAGAUUAUUAGGAGGAAAUCAAUGACACUUUUUCUUAAAAAGUUAAAAAAUGUUUAAAUUGAUUUCCCUUUAACACUUCUUUUUAAAUCAAAGCAAAAACGAAUUUACUUCUCUCGGAAGUCUUCACAUUUUUAAACAAUUACCAUUCUUGUUUUACUUUGAUUUGUUUCGAAACUCAUAGUUACAUUAUUAUAGUAAGCUGAUUCCAAGUGCUUCGGCUGUAUCGUGCAGCGAUUUUAAUACAUAAGCCAUAAAGUUUGUUAACGUUAAUUUUUCUUAUUUUUUUUACAAAUGUAUAUUAACGGCAACGAUGUUAAUUAGAACAAUAAAGGGCAGCUGUCCU